AGAGGAAAGGAAAAGAAACAAGGAGCCCGAGACCACUCAGAAGGUGGAGUGUUGAGUGAGUGAGGCUCCAGCAUCUCUCACAUCUCCUGCUUCUUCGAUGUCACCAAGGUGGACCAGAGCCACCACCUUCCAGAAAGGAGAGAUGAGCUUCUGAGCCCUCCGUUCCCUAUGCACAGUCUGACCUGGGAGGCUGGCGGUAAGAGCCUGUCCAGGAGGCUCCAGCAGGAGGCGCCCUCCCCCCCUAUCCCCACACACCAAAUUGGGAAGCCUGGGCCUGGGCUGGCCAUCCCAGGGUCACUGGACUAGGAUGGGGGAUGGGCCUGUGACGGGAGGUGCCCUGGGUGUCCUCUUCCGGCCCCAUGGAGUCCUCUCCCAUCCCCCAGUCAUCAGGGAACUCUUCCACUCUGGGGAGGGUCCCUCAAACGCCAGGUCCCUCUACUGCCAGUGGGGUCCCAGAGGUGGGGCUGCGGGACGUGGCCUCAGAAUCUGUGGCCCUCUUCUUCAUGCUCCUGCUGGACUUGAUCGCUGUGGCUGGCAACGCCGCUGUGAUGGCUGUUAUCGCCAAGACACCUGCCCUCCGAAAAUUCGUCUUCGUCUUCCACCUGUGCCUGGUGGACCUGUUGGCCGCCCUGACCCUCAUGCCCCUGGCCAUGCUCUCCAGCUCUGCCCUCUUUGACCAUGACCUCUUUGGGGAGGUCGCCUGCCGCCUCUACUUGUUCCUGAGCAUAUGCUUCGUAAGCCUGGCCAUUCUCUCGGUGUCGGCCAUCAACGUGGAGCGCUACUAUUACGUUGUCCACCCCAUGCGCUACGAGGUGCGCAUGACGCUGGGGCUGGUGGCCUCUGUGCUGGUGGGUGUGUGGGUGAAAGCCUUGGCCAUGGCUUCUGUGCCAGUGUUGGGAAGGGUCUCCCGGGAGGAGGGAGCGCCCAGCACCCCCCCAGGCUGCUCACUCCAAUGGAGCCACAGUGCCUACUGCCAGCUUUUCGUGGUGGUCUUUGCUGCCCUUUACUUUUUGUUGCCUCUGCUCCUUAUCCUUGUGGUUUACUGCAGCAUGUUCCGAGUAGCUCGAGUGGCUGCCAUGCAGCACGGACCGCUGCCCACGUGGAUGGAGACGCCCCGGCAACGCUCCGAGUCUCUCAGCAGCCGCUCCACCAUGGUCACCAGCUCGGGGGCUCCCCAGACCACUCCGCACCGGACGUUCGGGGGAGGGAAGGCUGCCGUGGUCCUCCUAGCUGUGGGGGGACAGUUCCUGCUCUGUUGGUUGCCCUACUUUUCUUUCCACCUCUACGUGGCCCUGAGUGCUCAGCCCAUUUCGACCGGGCAGGUGGAGAACGUGGUGACCUGGAUCGGCUACUUCUGCUUCACUUCCAACCCUUUCUUCUAUGGAUGUCUCAACCGGCAGAUCCGGGGCGAGCUCAGCAAGCAGUUUGUCUGCUUCUUCAAGCCGGCUCCGGAGGAGGAGCUGAGGCUACCUAGCCGGGAGGGCUCCAUUGAGGAGAACUUCCUGCAGUUCCUUCAGGGUACUGGCUGUCCCUCCGAGUCCUGGGUUUCCCGACCCGUACCCAGCCCCAAGCAGGAGCCACCUGCCGUUGACUUUCGAAUUCCAGGCCAGAUAGCUGAGGAGACCUCCGAGUUCCUGGAGCAACAACUCACCAGCGACAUCAUCAUGUCGGACAGCUACCUCCGGCCCGCCCCCUCACCUCGACUGGAAUCCUGAUGGGCUUCUGGACACUUGGAGGGAGAUGGGGCUGGGGCCAUUGACGACUGAAGGAACAUCUUGUGGGAUCACCUUUUCCCAGCUAGCAGGGGCUGGGGCUGGGGUCUCUGCACACAGCUUUUGCUUAGCUUUUUCUGGGUCAGGAACAAUGCCAACAGGAUGGACGUGUGGCAAAAGCCUUGGACAUGGCUCUGAUCCUUGACUACUGGGGGAGGGAACCUGGUGAGAUGGUAAUGAGAAUAAACGGUCACCAAGGAUUGGCCUCCCUGAUCUCUCUCCUCAUGGCAGUGACCCACCUCCAGCCCCCUGGACAAUCGGGUACAAGAGACUAAGGUUGGGAAUGGGAAGGGUGGGGUUUCCAUGGUCCAUUAAAUGCCUCCCUUCUCCCAUUCAUCGCUCUCAAAAUUAGCUUCAGUGACAAAAGACUUAAAUCUCUCUCCUACCCGAAGCCCUGGGUUGGAGAGAGGGCACAAGAGUUGGGUUCAGCUGUUUACUGAUUGAGACUAUAGGAACUUGUUGGUUGGUAUUGGUGGUGGUAUUUUCAAGCAGGGGGAAUAGUUGAAAAUUGGACAGGACACUCAUCUGGGACUACCUGUCCAUCCACUUCCCUCUGUUGAAUCAAAUAACACUAAAGGAUUGAGGCAGGACCAGAGGGUGGUUUGAUCUGUAUUUAACAAAUUCUUGACUCAUUGAACAUUAAAGGGUAAGAUGGGCUGGUGGGAGUGGGCCCUUUGAAUGGCCAAUAAAUAAUUUUUAUUAUAAAAAGUUAUACUGAUAUCAACAUUUCCUAUUUUAGUCCAAUUCAGUACAUAAUAGUUGAAUACCCAGUAUUCUCUGGGACCCACACAGAGUCACUGCCUUUGAGGAGUUCAUAGUCUAAUUUGAUCAGGCACCUUGUAUUUUUACAGAGCAUUUAUAUCUGGUAAAACACUAAAGAAUGUUGGAGAAAUAUACUAAAGAACACAUUGCAGUUCAGUCCACUGCAGCAAGAUACUUACAUGGAAACUUCCUGUGGGCUGUGGAAAGUGUGAGGGUUGUAAAUGAAACCCCAGUUGAGGAAAAUAAUUUACUUACUGAGACUGAGCAAAUCUCCCUUUAGAUCUAGGAAAAUUUACAGGUUUCUGUCUUCC